AUGGAGGAUUGUAGGAGGUAUUCAAAUGCCGUUGUAAACAAUGACUUUGAUGUGGAUUACUUUGAGAUGUACUCUGUUGAUCCCUCAGUCUGGAUUCAGUGCUCGCGCAUGCAAUUCCUUGGCCCUACCAAACGUUGGAUCCAAUCAGUUACUGACAAACUGAAAACCAUGACCUGGUCUGAAUUUUGUCAAGCCUUGCAUACCUGCUUUGAUCGCGAUCAACAUGAAUUUCUCCUUCGCAAGAUGAACUGCAUUUGCCAAACUUCCUCUGUGCAAGAUUAUGCUGAUCACUUUUCUGAACUUGUUGACCAGCUCACAGCCUAUGAUUCCUCCACCAAUGCCCUGCAUUACAUCACUCGCUUCUUAGAUGGGCUCAAUGCAAAUAUUCAUGCUGUUCUUCUCGUUCAGCGCCUCGAUUCUCUUGAUAUUGCGUACACUUUGGCAUUGUUGCAGGAGGAAGCGGGGGAGCCAUUCAGGAAACAUGAGUUCAGACCAUGGAAUCAGAAGGGAGGCUAUCAACAACCUCCCAGACAAGACCAUGUCCAAGCUGCUGCCGCUGACAAGAAUGUAUUGCUUCAGAAGCCAAUGGACAAGAAGCUUGCUGAUCUCAAGGCUUUCCGCCGCGCCCGUGGAUUGUGUGAUCAUUAUGGGGACAAAUGGAAUCAUGAACACAAAUGUGCAGCUCAAGUGGGCCUCAGUGUGCUAGAUGAACUAUAUGCACUUUUCACUGAUGAAGUCACUGAAGACUGUCCGACAACAGAAGAAGAGCCGGAUGAUGAUGCAGCACAGAUUUGCUAUUGCUUAUCAGCUGAUAAUGUAGCAGGCUCUGGGCCCAAGGUUGACUGGCGACAAAGAUGGCUGAGAAUUCCUUAUAAUGGUGUUACUGUCCGUCUACAUGGUAUUGUUCCAACACCUUCGGACAAUGCCGAUGAGUUACUAGUUCAGAUUUUCAGUAUGACUGCCACUUCUUCAGCCCAGAGUUCUGAUCUACCUCCGGCUGUCAGUCAACUGCUGUUGGAAUUUCCUGAGGUCGUCUCACCACCUACGAAGCUCCCACCCAAGCGUGACUGUGACCACACCAUUCCUCUCAUUGAAGGGGCAUGGCCCGUGAAUGUACGGCCCUACAGAUACCCCCCAGCCCUCAAGGAUGAGAUCGAGGCACAAGUCGAUGCCAUGCUUCAGCAAGGCCUUAUUCAGCCAAGCACUUCUCCGUUUAAUUCUCCAGUGUUGCUGAAAAACACACUGUUCCUCUGGACAUCUGACCACGCCAAGGCAUUUGAGUCUCUGAAACACAGUCUCAGUUCAGCUCCAAUAUUGGCUCUACCUGAUUUCUCUCAGUAG